AAGCUUUUAGAGGCAGCUGCUUCACCGGAGGAAAAAAAAGCGUCCAAAAAAAAAAAAAAAAAGCGAAGAGGCAAAAAAUUAAAAAAACUUCUCUCCGCUUUGCAGGAAUUUGCACAGAUUUUGGGGAAAAAUAUUCCCAAACUACGGCAGUCCCGGGGAGGCAGACGGAGUCGUCGUUACCGUAGGAUCCAUCCAGGCUGUGUUCAAGGCUGCAUGACCAACCAGGCAAAGUGAGCAUCGGCCCCUAAGAGCCACACACCCCCAAGAGCCCUCAAACCCCCAGAUUCACUUUGUGGCAAUACGUUUGUGAAAUGAUGGAAGACUCUCAUUUUAAUUCAUCGUACUUCUGGUCUCCCAUCCCAUCUGUACCAGCACAGAUUGAGAAUGCCAUGUUUCUGAACAAGAUGAAGGAGCAGCAGGAGAAGAAUGCAACCUUCUCUCAGUCCUCUGCAUCCCACUACCAAACGGCUCUGCUCACCAUCCCAAACCCUGGGAUAAAGACAGAUGGUGGAGGGCAGGGUGGCGGAGGGACUCACCUCCACCAGGCUCACAGCACCCAGAACAUGCUGUCUGUCCCCUCCACCGGCAUCAUGACAGCAGCGGGUCUGGUCAUCACGACUCCUCAGGGAACGCUCGUCUCUCCCACCUCGUCUCAAUCGUUUGUCUCCGGUCAUCAAGCAACGACCAUGAUCGUUUCAGCACUUCAUUCUGCAGAAAAUCUUAAAGAGUAUUUCUGCUUUCAACCCGGUGCUGUGGAUCCUGUUGCAGAGAAAAAAGAAGGGGACGGUGCUCCCCAUGUUGUUGCGAUGCCGGCGCCCUCCAAGCGAGGCAGAAAGAAGAAGACCACGACGCUGUCCAGAGUCGGUUUGGGGGGAAACGAAACACUAAUACUGGCUCACCUGACAGCAGGCGGACAGGUGGCAUCUUUGCAGCAUCACACUGUCGACCCUUACGACCUGAAAAAUGAAGAGGAGGAACACGGGCUGAAAGACAGCACCAAGACUUACAGGUGCCGGAUGUGUGCGGCGACCUUCCUCAGUAAGUCUGACAUGCAGAUCCACUCCAAGUCGCACACAGAGGCCAAACCUCACAAGUGUCCUCACUGCGCCAAGUCAUUCGCCAACUCCAGCUACCUGGCCCAGCACAUCCGCAUCCACAGCGGGGCCAAGCCUUACACCUGCUCCUACUGCCAGAAAUCUUUCAGGCAGCUCAGUCACUUACAGCAGCACACACGGAACCACACAGAGUCAAAGCCUCACAAGUGUCCACAUUGCACCAAGUCAUUUGCCAACUCCAGCUACCUGGCCCAACAUGUCCGCAUCCACACCGGAGUGAAACCCUACUCCUGCCCCUUCUGCCAAAAGAGCUUCAGACAGCUCAGCCAUCUUCAGCAGCACAACAGGAUUCACACCGGAGAUCGGCCGUACAAGUGUAUCCAUCCAGGCUGUGAGAAAUCCUUCACACAACUCUCAAAUCUACAGUCUCACCGGCGCCAACACAACAAGGACAAGCCGUACAAGUGCAGCAACUGCAACAAAGGAUACAUAGACGCAGCGAGCCUGGAGGUGCACAUGUCCACACACACCGUGAAGCACGCCAGGAUCUACUCCUGUGGGCUCUGCAACCGCACUUAUACCUCAGAAACGUAUCUGGUGAAACACAUGGAGAAACACAACCCCGACCAGCUGAACGCAAACGCAGAACAGGCGAGACAACAGAACCAGAACCAAAGCCAGGUGUCCGCUCAGAGCCGAGACGACGGAGCAGACGGAGGAUCGAACCGAGCAGACGGAGGACAGCAGGGACAGAGCAGCUACCAGACAGACGCCAUGUCCUGUCCCUUUGACCUGCACCAGUAUAAGACUGUGUCUGCCAGUGACAUCCAGUACAAACCAGUCACCGUAGCGGACCUCACUUCCCACAAAGACCUCUGCCUCACUGUGUCGGCAUCCACCAUCCGAGUGGAGCACCUCAACUCUUAGAGGAGAGAGGGGAACGUGAAGAUGGAGGAUUAAAGCAAUACUAAGACAAACUUUCGAACAAGACUGUGCCUGAACUUUUGUUUGAGACAGACAGGACAAACCAUAUGGGUAAAAAGUAUACUGAAGACUAAUUUAGUUUUAUUUUUGUAUUAGUUUGUCUCUCUUGUUUUUCUCUCUGCCUUGUUUGGUCUGUUGUUUCUGUUGUUUAUCUGGAAGCUGCAUGUAAAGGCUGCAAUAAAGUAUGUUUCAGUCCAUCACAGUGAUGGCUUUAUGAUAGGAUGUGAUUCUACUCAUCCUUGUUUUAUCACCUCCUGCGCUUCCAUACACAUACAGUUCUGGCCAUAGCAAUUUAUGGUCUCUCUGUAGAUGAAGCUGAUAGUUGACUGAGAAGGUAAUUUUUUAUACUUUCAUACAGGGACUGACCGUUUUUACAUCACUCUACUGUGUUGUAAAAUGCAUUCAUUCUUUUUUUACCUGAAAAGGGACUAUAGGUUAUUUCCUUUUCAGGAAAGAGAAAAUAUCAAUCAAGUAUAUAUAUAUAUAGAUAUAUAUACUACCAGUUUAUAAAGUAUGAUUAUGUGUUUAAAGGCUGUGGUAAUCCAUAUAACCUAUUUAGUCCCAUUUGUAGGCCUUCACAUAACCUUUGAGGAAGUGAAGAGCCGUUUCAUGUAACCCUAUUGUACUUAUUUGUGUGUGUGUCCUAAAAUGAUUGUUAUCCAAAUAUGUUCUUGCUGUUACACUUCCCUGAUAACAAUGUUUAUAAUACUUCCUUUUAGAUAUACUGACACAUCUGAAUUUUGUCUCUUUUUUUCAGGCUUAAAAAUUCAAUAAACCCUCUGAAAUGUU